AACAAGGCGUUGCCGGCUCCAUCUCACAGCAACACCCAGCCCUCCCGAUUCCAGCUCCGAGCUUGGUAAUACCUCCCAGUUGAUCGCCUUCUAUAUCCUCGCCCAACAUGUCAAUCUGGGAUGCCCUGACUGGACGCAAGUCCUCGUCGCAAACCUCGUCAUCAAGCGCGCCCGCCGCGCCCGCCGCGCCGGAGCACCAUACCUCCACCUCCACCUACCAGCCAACUGCUACCUUUGAUCCUACCUCCGCCCAGGGUGUGGAAUCAUUUCUUGGCACUUCUUCCUUUGCCGACCCCUCAUCACUACACCCUCUCGCGGGCUUGAACAAGGAUACGCUUGAAUACCUCACGCUUGAAGAUUCGGCGCUCUCAGACUUGCCAGGCUCGCAGUCGGCAUUGCCCUCACGCGGUUUUACGGAUGAUCUCUGCUACGGUACCGGAACAACAUACCUGGCUGGUCUGACGAUAGGAGGUGCAUGGGGCUUGCAGGAAGGGUUGCGGAAGUCAGUCGGCGAGCCGCCAAGGCUUCGGUUGAACUCGGUUCUCAACUCGGUCACGCGGAGAGGCCCGUUCUUGGGAAACUCGGCUGGCGUGGUCGCCAUCUGCUACAACUGCAUCAACUCAUACAUUGGAUACCUGAGGGGAAAGAACGACGCCGCCAACACCAUCGUGGCCGGCGCGCUCAGCGGUAUGCUGUUUAAGAGCACAAGGGGGCUUCGGCAGAUGGCCAUCUCAGGUGGGAUUGUGGCCACUGUGGCCGGUUGCUGGGCGAUUGCCAGAAGGACCCUCUUCCAGAGUUCUAAGAAUACCCAUGUGGAACCUCUCGCAACACUCUAAACUUGUGGCCGGGUCUUCUAUGCCUGUCCGCACUGUUUGUGGAGCUUUUUUCGCCAUCACAUCUCAUUUUGUAAUCUACAGGGGGCAGCUCUCUUUCACAAAGCUGUUUUGUGUCUAAAUGUCCCGUUGAGGACUGACGUGUACGAAACUCGGCACGGGGGUGAAAGGGCGGGUAUGCAUAGCGCAGGGUAUCUCUCCUCCUGUGGAAAUUGUAUAAUAUUAGCUUAUGGUCAUAGAGCGCCGGUUGGGCGUAUAGGCAUGUGGCGGGCUUUUGUCACUU